UAGGGUCAACAAAAGGGGGGAUAGAAAUCGCCAACAGCUAAAUGCAAGUAGUUAAUUUCUCACUAUAUCCACAAAUAAAGAAGAAAAAUGGACGAAAGCGAGACCUUUGUGCACAGCGCCUACCAGGUAUCGAUAAUUCCAACUGAUCUACAUCACGAGGAAACAAUAAUCAGAGCAGCACAGUCGCUCGACUGCCUAAACAAAACAAUCAACUCAAUUUUUGGCCGCAUCGAUGCUCGGUUAGAAAAAAAUGGUGCCAAGGUUCAGCAUAUAAAUGAGCGUGUCAUGCGUGCCCAGGUUAAAAUUGAUGCACUUGUUGGCUCCAAGAAAUCCAUCAAAAUCUUUGCGCCCGCUCGGUUUCCAGGCAACGGUAUCUUAAACAACAUACCCGCAACCUUUCCGGCCGUGGCCAAAGAGUCAAUGGAUAUUCCUACACCAACACAAAAACAUUCAACAACAGCGAUAUCGGAACGCCGUCAACGCAAUCGCAAUGCUGACUCAGCGAGUGAUUCGAACAGUGCCGUGGAUAUCGACGCCGUGUUCUUUCAUGUACGUGGCGAGGAGCAGCAAGAGACGCCCCUUAUCACGGAACGUCAGCUUACGAACAGCGUCUCCGGUUUGGGCGCAUUGCCACCAGCUAAGUCAGUGCCUGCAGUUUUGCGCUUCAAUACCAAUGAAUUCGCAUAUGGCAGUGAUGAUCUAAAUGCCUGGAAGCGAAACUUGCCUCCGCAGACCCAUAAACGAGAUGUUCACAAUAAGCCAAAGCCCACCCAGUUAUUGGCACCGGCGCCCCACUCUCUGGCACAUGGCACCACCAAGCUAACCACACCAGCUGGGGACUUGCGUUAUACGCCCGCAGCGUUGGCGGCACCGGCUAUCGAUGUGCCGUUGGACUUACCAGAUUUGCCGGGCAUCGCGAAUGACUUGCAGUAUGUGCCGGUCGAGGAGAAGACACCCAUUGCACCAUCGCAUCAAUUUGUCGAUUUACCCGACUUGCCCGAGUUGACUGAACUGAGUGAAAAGUUAGAUGUGGUUCCUGAUAAUGUGGAUGUAACUGUGCAGGCAAUAGCAGCGCAGACGCACAUGACCAGGAGAUCUCACACUGGAACUGUACCAUCAGCUGCGCAAUGUGCUCCACCACCACCUCCGCCACCCCCACCACCACCACCACCACCACCACCGCCACCUCCACCACCCGCCCAAACAAGUGUCAAACUGUCUUCUGAUGGCGUCGUUAAACCCAUCUCCCCAUCCUUGGAGACACCCUUAAACAUACCCGAAUCGCGUGCACCACCGCCAGAUGAUCCUCGAUCUGAGCUAAUGGCUGCCAUACGCAAUGCAGGAGGUGUACAUGGUGGACGCUUGCGUUCAUCGGCUGCUGCACCCGUCAAUCCGAAUGGAGAUGCAGUGGGCAAACAAAAUGAUAAUGCAACAAGCCGAUCCAGAGCAGGAGGCAGUGCAACCAGUGGAGGUGAUCUGAUGGCGGACCUACACAAUAAGCUUAUGCUGCGCCGUAAGGGAAUCUCAGGCAAUCCAAAUCCCGUGGAGCAAUCAGGGAACCCAAUGAUGUUGCAGCUGUCCAAAAUAAUUGCAGCACCAAUGGAGAAAAGCAAAAGUUCCAUAUCCAGCGACGAGGGCGAUUCCGAUGAUGAUGCUGAUGCAGAUGCUUGGGAGUAGAACCAAAUUAAUUAGAAUUAAAUUAGUUCCAGCUAUAUGUGUGUGCCUUGCUUUAAGCAUUAGACAAAAUUAUUAAACUGUUUUGGGCAGAUCGAGCAUAACA